AUGAGGAGCCCUACGAGCAGCCUAUUUUCAAGGCGAUCUUGGACCUGCAUCCAAUGUCGCGCCUGUUCCUCCUCUUCCCUGGCCCAGGCUCGCAAUUCGAAGAACAAAUUGCCUGAAGCUCCUGCGCGCACGCGUUUUGCGCCCUCUCCAACUGGAUAUCUCCAUCUCGGCUCCCUACGCACGGCACUAUUCAAUUAUUUGUUGGCAAGACGUACAGGUGGCCAAUUCCUGCUGCGAAUUGAAGACACCGACCAGAAACGGACAAUCCCCGGGGCGGAACAGCGACUUUACGAUGAUUUACAAUGGGCAGGAUUGAAUUGGGACGAAGGUCCCGUUGUUGGAGGUCCGUAUGGGCCUUAUAGACAAUCCGAGCGAACCGCUUUGUAUCAAUCUCACGCCAAUGACCUCAUCUCCAAUGGCCAUGCAUACCGAUGUUUCUGCUCUGCGGAGCGAUUGGAUACGAUGGCUCGUCACCGCAGUCAGGCAGGACUCCCGCCUGGCUAUGACCGGAAGUGUGGCGAUAUCCCCGCGGAGGAAUCAGAAGAUCGUGCAUCUAAGGGGGAGGCACACAUCGUCCGAUUGAAAGUGGAAGAAUAUCCCAUGUUCAAUGAUCUGGUUUAUGGCAAAACUGGCCAAAACCGGACCCACAACAAGAAACUGGACUUCAUUGACCGUGUAUACGAUGACCCAGUUCUUAUCAAAUCAGAUGGACAUCCCACAUAUCACUUGGCAAAUGUGGUGGAUGAUCAUUGUAUGAAGAUCACGCAUGUCAUCCGAGGAACAGAAUGGAUGCCAUCUACACCUAUGCAUAUGGCGCUGUACAACGCCUUCAAGUGGACACCACCAAGCUUUGGUCAUGUCCCUUUGCUUGUCGACCAGAGCGGCCAGAAGCUCAGCAAGCGGAACGCAGACAUUGACCUCUCGUCCUUCAAGGACCAGCAAGGGGUCUUUCCAUCCACUUUGGUCAACUUUUCUGCGCUGCUAGGCUGGUCCCAUUCCCAGAAGUCUGACGUGUUGAGCUUGAAGGAAUUAGAACAGAUUUUCAACCUGAAAAUAACUAGGGGCAAUACUGUCGUUGCCUUUGAGAAACUCUGGUUCCUCCAAAAGGCACAUGCCCAACGAUUUGCCGCAAGCGGCGGCCCAGAGUUUGACGAGAUGGUGAAGAGGGUGAGCUCGGUGGUGGAAGAAUCGCAUCAUCUAGACAAGCUGAACAUGAUCCUGAGAGGACGCACCCUGUCCGAAUACAUUGCACCCCUCAUCCGCGCCGAUGCCAAAUCAUAUACCGAUGCAAAGGAGUUUGUUCAGCGGAAUGCCACCUUCUUUACCACGACUCUCGACAGAGCUCCUUACAAGCCAGCCUCGCCCACAUCACCUUCUUCCCCAGAGGUGCCAAUUCAAGCUCUGCACACUGCAGCAGCCGCUUUAACCCUCGUCCCAUCCACCCACUGGGACAUCGAAACGCACCGCUUCAGCAUCAAAUCAUACGAUGGCUCUGAUAGCGUGGUCCUACCCACUUCCGAGUCAGAGACACCCACCGCAGCCAUUACGACGGAUAAAGUCUUCAAGAAGGAGCUGUACCACUACCUCCGCUGGGCGCUGUCGGCUUCUGCGCCAGGACCUGGAAUCCCGGAGACUAUGACUAUUCUGGGGAGGGAGGAGACACUCCGCCGAAUGCAGGAUGCUAAGGCAUUGACACAGUCUCUCAUUCCAUCUGCUGCUGGCAAGAGAGUUCCUAAGGGGACGUUGCCUGAGGAUCAGAGCUGGAUGGGGACUCUGGCGACUAAGCGGUGA